AACAAACCCGUCACGCUGAGAGAGGAAACAGGAAGUGGUGGACUCAGUCUCCUCGGAAUACAAACAACUGAGUGUGUAUCCGCUUUAAAACAUGAGAAAGUAGCAGUUGGUCGGCCUGCCCGGAGCCGUAGAGAGCGCACAGUCCUGCGGCAGCGCCUCCACAGUGACGCCGUUAGCAGCAGCUUAGCAUGGCGUCCUCAGCAGGACUCCCCGCACUCGGCACGGACCGAACUGCUUCGGCCUCGGGCUCUCUGUCCGCGGCUAGGCCGCCGCUUCGUCCGCACCACCCGCACCCGGCCCAUUCCGCGCCGGGCUGUCUCAUGUUGGAGUCCGUGGACGACGCGGAGGGGCUGUACGUGGCCGUGGAGCGAUGCCCACUGUGCAGUACCUCCCGCCGCAGACUCACCUGCGCUCGGUGCGUUCAGGCCGGAGACUUCGUGUACUUCGACGGGAGGAACACAGAAAGGUAUGCUGAGAAGCUGGAACGCCUGAAGAAGCUGAAGGAGGAGAAAGAGGAGCUCCAACACAGCGUCCUGCGGGCCCUUAACAGGAAGCUGCUGGCUGAUGAGAUGAAAUGGAAGAUCAUGUCGUGUAAGAUGAAGGUCGAGCAGCUGAAGGAAGCGGUCGCCUGGGGCGGCGAGGAGGCAAAGAGUGAUAAUGAGCGCCUGUCCAGAUGUCAGGAGGAUGUCCAGCGGCUGCAGCGCCGGGCCAUACGCCACAGUGAAAAACGGGACAAGAUCGAGCGCCACAACCGGCGUCUUGGGGAGCUGAUGGAGAAGCGCGGCCGAGACCUGCAGAGCCGACUGAGCCAACUCGCAACAUUGAGGAGGGAGCACAUCCGAGAGCUUACCAACCACAUCUUCCCCAUGCAGGAGGAAAAACAAGGCAGCAGAGACCCCGCGGACGUCCUGGCCGAGUGUGACCCUCUGACCUCAAGCACAGUGAGUGAGCUGGCUGAGGCCCGGAGGACCACCUACCUGUCAGGGCGCUGGAUCUGGGAUGACCAGAACGGAGAGACCAGCAUCAGCAUCACGGGGCCCCCUGUGGCCCUGCCCAGCAACGGAGACUGCUCCGCCUACUAUAGCUGGGUGGAGGAAAAGAGCACCAAUCAGGGCCCAGAGUUGGACCACAUUAACCCGGCACACACCAUCAGCGCCGGCCUCUGCUACACCACACAGCUCAUCACCACCCUGUCUCAUAUUCUGGACGUCAACCUGCCCAAGAAGCUUUGCAACAGUGAAUUCUGCGGAGAGAAUCUGAGCCGCUACCGCUUCACCCGAGCUCUGAGCAAGCUCAACACCAACGUCCUCCACCUGUGCUUUUCUCAGCACGUUGACAGUGAGAAGCUCCACCUCCAUCACACCCUGAGGAACAUCAUGUUUCUGGUUGCCCCUGACAACGACAGCCUGGGCAGGACGGGUCCGUUCGAGGUGUGCGUCGACCUGGAGGAGUCGAUGGAGUUCGUGGAGCCAGAGGCGGAGGGGCUGGCGGAGGAGAGUGGAGACGAGGCAGUGACUGAUGAGGAGACGGACCUGGGAACAGACUGGGAGACGGUCCCCAGUCCGCGGUUCUGUGACAUCCCCUCACAGUCCAUGGAGCUUUCCCAGAGUGCACUACAGGUCUCUCAGCCCGCUGCCAACACCGGAGGGAUGAUCUCAUCUGCUGCCGCCUCCGUCAGCUCCUGGCUCAGAACCUAUACCGGCCAGCGCUGACCCCCCCAGCACCAUCAGACAGAUCAUCCUCAGACUCUAAAAAUAUAAAAGUUUUAUUUGGUCGAGUUUCCACCUGAAGUACCAGAAAUUUAAGGAACUGCGAGGUCCUUCAGGGCAUGUGCACCCCUGCAGUCAGUGACAUUUCAGUGACCGUUUGAGGUUAACCAAAUCAGAUAUUUUCAUAGAAACAAGUUUAAAGCUGUAAAUUUACAAGAAAAGUUUUCCUUGGUUCCAGUUUCCAGGUUUGGAUCAGAGUGGGUCUGAGGAAGUUACUCAGGUAUUUCACUGCUGUGCUGAAGGGAAGUUUCUCUGCUGUAAUAUCGUCACAGCAGCUCAGGACCUGAAGUCCUCCUGAUCUAAUAAUAGGAAGUGUGUGAGCGAGCAUCAGAUGAUCCUGCAGAGAACAUUUCAGCCCGUUUUAGUCUGACUGUAAUUCUGAUGACACGUUAACGUGACCUUCAGGUCCUGCGGGAACUUUAAUCUUUUUAUUUUCUUCAGUUCGCCUGCGGCUGUUUCAUCAGAUGGUUCUUCAACAGACCUGCAGGAUGUUAUGAGGUCAGAGUGAGCUUUGGUCCGGGGAGCAGUACUUCAACCUGAGUGUUUUUAGUUUGGUUUUGUGUUUUGCUGCUUUUCUUCAGAUAAACGUCUGAGUUCUUCUUCCACUCUUAGUUUUAGCGGUGCAGUCGAUCCAAACCUGUUUUGUUUUUUUUGUUUGUUUUUUUAAGAAAACAUUAUUUUCAGAGUUUCUCUUGUAAAUUUACAGCCUCACUUAAAACACAUCAGUGUUCUUCCUGUAGGCGGAGCAGGGGUCGUCUUGUUUCAUCUGAUUGGCUCCAGUAUAGGAGAGCGAGCGUCUCAGAGAUGAUCAGUCGAACCUUCAGCUGUUUGAACAGGACGCUUGGAUUAAAAACCACAAAACAAAGUGUAGCUUCCAUAGAAAUGCAGUUUGAGAUGACCUUUAACCUGAUGGCUGCUUUCUGAUUGGAUAGAGGAGGUGGCCUGUGGUUGGUCCCUGUGCGACUAGUUUUAAUUGCUGAAACACCAUCAUGUGCUGAUGUGGCUCCGCCUCCUGACUGGAUGAAGAGGAAACACUACAAAUGUCCUGUUGACAGACAGCAUCAAUCUGACCUCUGCUGCUUCUUCCUGAAUUUUUUUUUUUUUUUUCUUCUGAGCUGAUGGAGGGAAACAGUGUGUGGUUACCAUGGUGACUGAUUUACAGACCUCAGACUGGAUUUAAAAUGUUUUUUACCUCGUGGUGGUGAUGAUGGAGUUUUAUAGACUGAGGAAAGUGUUUGUUUUUCUGAGUGAUAAAAUGUGUGUGUCUGUGUGACGUUUGAAAUAAAAUCCUGUUUUCUGCUUUUUGA